AUUGUAAGGUAAGCCUGCCGUUUAAAUGCCCCCCGAAGCAUACACACGAGUGUACGCCCGCGACUCUUUCGCUACUCGCCGUCAUUCCUUUUCGAACUUGUUUGUGGGACCCUUUGGAGUAUUCAUUACCUGAUGCUCCAACUGCUGGGCAACACAAAAAAAUGUAGUAUCUAUGCCACUUCACUUAUUUUUCAUUAUGGAAAUUGGAUUUUUGCGACACUCUUUGAAACCCAAGGUUUUGGAUGUGGCAGCCCUAAACCUCACACAAAAUGUUUGGCAGAAUUGAUUUUACUUAAUUGAUUUAAAGUAAAGAUAUUUUAAAUGCGGAAGGUCAUUUUGGAGAUCAAACUCAAUAGAUGCAAAUUUCAAAGCAGCAAAGAAGUAUUCCGUGUAUAAGCUCUAUUUCCUUUCAUUAUCAUAGAGGACGAUGUCAAGGCACAACCUAAUGAGCUUCUCGCCGGAUCUUAUCAGUGGGUCGCGAUCCCGAGAUCCGGUAGUAGAUUCUGUGAAGCACUGUUUUUGCUAGGGUCAUUGAUAGCAAACUCUCUUAGUUUAAUACCCGUAAGCUCACCUACCCGCCAUAGCGUAAUUGGAAUAGCUCCAUAGCGAAUAGGUAGGGCCCGCAGAGUCUAUCGAGAAACUUGUUGUUCAGGGUAGAGUAAAUGGUAAGAGAUCUCGUGGACAAAUCUCCAUGCGCUGGACUGAUCAGGUGAAAGACUUUACUAAAACCCCACUUAACGAGUGCGCACGCACUCGUUAAGUGGGGUUUGCAAAUUAUGGAAAACAUCUGUCAAGGCUUUAAUAAACAACAAUUUCACAUGACCACGACUGCUUUGCCAAGAGCAACCGACUAUAAUGAUGAUGAGGGGGAAAAGGAUUUAAUUUAAGUUCAUGGCUUUUCGAAUUCUUACACAAAUCUCACGAAAUAUACUUUCUCUCCAUUUUACCAACGUUAUAUCUAUUUAAUUUUGUUGCAUUCUACUAUACUUCAUUUCACUUCACUUCUUGUUUAAAUCACAAUAUGAGUUCGAAUUCACAAUUUAAGGUUGAAUAGGCUAUGUUUCCUUUGUCCUAGUUGACAAAAUAACAAAAAAGGGCAAAAGUGACAAACAAACAGCUAGUGUUUUCUAUUUCCACAAAAAGUUAACCAAAUCCAGUAUUUUUAGUAUUUUUACCUAUAUAAAUCUUUUAGAUUCCAUGUGAAUGUAGUAGUAGUUGUUGCAAAUGUAAGUACAAAAAAAGAAUUAGUCAAUGUUACAGUAAUAACAGGAAUUAAGAUCGUUAAAAAAUGUGAAUGCGUUAAAACUAAUUGAAAAUAUAUAAAUAAUGAACAAGAUAAAUAAAAGGAUACCUGGUAUCUUGCCGCCGCCGCCAAAAACAGAAAUCGAUGGAAAAAUCACCGAUCUAUCGUUAAAAACUAUUCCUGAGUUGCUUGAACUACGAGAUAGACAAAUUAAGUUAUUAAACAAUAAAAGUUUUAUAUCUAAACUAAGUGACAAAGGUGCUAAAAUACAGAUUUUGUACGAUAAAAUCUUAUCCGAAUUAAAAGCGAAGCAAGAGGAAGAAGAUGCGUGUCGGAUGUUCGAAAAUAUGAAACUGAAUGGAAUUGACAAACAAUCCGUACAAGAAUUAGAAUGGACAGGUACAAUUAAACAAUCCACAGAUUUAGAUUCAGAUGACGACAGUGACCCUGAAGAUGUCCUAAAAAUCUUGACUCAGAACUCAUUCCAUGAGAAAAAAAUUAAGAUUUUAGAACCUGAAAAACUUUCGAUAACCCCUGAAGAUCUAAUCAAGAUAGAUGAGAUCCCCCACGUAAGAUAUAUAGUUAACAAAACGGAACACAACACCAAAGCCAAAGUAACGAGACAGUUUAAGCCACAUAAGACCACAAACACAGAUGUCCACAACCCAGAAAAGGAAAUACAAAGAGGAAAGAACAAAUGUAAAAAAUGGGAGGUGACUGCUGCCACACCUCCUCCUACAAUACAUGGGCCAGCAAAAAUAUUAUCCAUAGAAGACUCAUUAAAACUCCAGCAAGAACAUAACUUACGUCUUAAAGAGGUGAAUGCAUUACAUGCAGCUGAGAGGCUGGCUUCAAUGGCUGGAGUCAAAAUGAGUCAGUUGCCAUUGGAUUUAUCAAGGUUUGGUUCAUACCGAGACACCAAUAGUGAUGAUUAUGAGUCUGAUGGUGAGGGCAGUGACAAAGAAGUUCAUGAUGAGGAGCCUGAGAAAGGAGGUGUCAUAUUUACCAUAAUGAAAUAAUAUACAUACUAAGUUCUAGAACCAAGUUCUCUCAUGAGAGCUUAGUUAGACUUACGACUUUCAUGGCUCAUGCCAGUCCUCAUUUUUAAGGGAUCAAAAUAGCAGGAAAACGACUGGAUUGUAAUUUAACUGUGUACUUACUGAUUUAAUGUAUAAUAAUAACAAUAAUAAUAAAUUUCUGUCUAUUUA